UCCUGUUUCGGUGCCAUAGGAUCCACUUUUCAUUAUCACAAGUAUACAUCAUAAAUCUGCCGAAAACGUAGAUCGACAAUAUUUGUAUAAUGCAAAGACUUUUUUGUUUGGGUACAGAAAGGCCCUUUUAAAUACACGAAUGAUAACUAUUUGGCACAACAUUGCAAACAUCUAACUCUCCAUAAACAUCAUAAGGGGGUGUUAGAUUUUGUCUAGAGUACAUAUACCAUGAAAUCACCUAAUGUGAAUGAAUUACCAGGAAAUCCUCAAUUUCCUCAAAGUACCCUGAAGGGAUCCAUGGAAGAUUUUGCUAAGAGUUUGAGUGGAUGGAGUUGGGAGGAGAACAAAUUGUUUGAGCUAGCUUUGGCAGUGGUGGAUGAGCAACACCCUGAACGAUGGGAAGUGGUUGCAGCCAUGGUUGGAGGAGAAAAAAGUGCUGGAGAUGUUCAAGAACAUUAUGUGAUCCUUCUGGAGGAUUUACUCGUUAUAGAAUCUGGAAAAUUGGACCAUACACUUGGAGAAGUUGUGCCUUUUGUCCUUGUUGAGUGUAAAGAUUCCAUAUGCUUGUCCGACAAUGAUACAAGCAUGUAACUUUCUUUUAUUUGGUGGAACAUAAUAUUUUUAGAAUGGAAGCAAGAGAUAUCUAUUAUGAACUUGCUUGGUCUCAUGUUUCUGUUAAUCAAGCUGUUUGCUGUAUUAUGUUCAUUCCAGCUUGGUCAUUCAAUUGGAGCAACUUGGCUCAUGGUAAUUCAUUUAUAUGCUUCUCUUUUUUCCCUCUCUUGUUCUUUUUUCUGUUUGGUUGAGAAGUUUCACACCAACACCUUGGGCUUUCUGUGGACUGUGGGGGCAGGUUUCGUUUUGUAGCUGUUGUUUUGGUUCUUCAUUAUUUUUAUGGGGCAACCAGGUUGAUUCUUGGUGAUUUUCUUUUUUUUUUUUUUUCCAUUUCAUUGUUGGAUUCAAUUGAUUAAAGUCCCUUGCUGUUAGCUACUGUCUUUUGAUGCUUGAAUUAUGCCAAAGCACAAAGGUUCUGCUAGAGAAUCAUAUCCAUUUUAAGUUGCAAUCACAUGGCCACUCGGUGAUGAUUAGGAAUUCAAACAACAAGGAUAAGGCAAUCGUUAGAAGGAGUCACCAGGCCAGCUUUAAAUUGAGACAAAAUUAGAAAAAAAAAUUAAUUAGUUCAUCUCAUACCACAUCAAAUCGUGAAUUCAAACGAGCUGAUUAAAUGUUUGAUAAAUACAUUAUUACAAUUUGUCACCCUUUUACUAUUUCUAACAUUUUAAGUUUUCAACAAAUGAUGGCCAGCAACAUACUACUAGUAUACAGUACAAAGGACUAAAUGAAAUGCCUGAUUUGAUUUCAGUGUCCAUCUUUAUAUACAUAAAUUUUAUGUGCAUUGGAAUCUAAAAUGUCACAUAGCUUGCAGGAACCUUGGUUGAUAAUUCUUGCUUCACACACCGUUGUCAGAAGGCUUCUGAACCGCAUAUUGAAGUGUGGCAAAAUCUGUAUCCUGUCCAUCAUAAAAGUUAUAUUGUGACUAGAAUCGUGCUUGUGGAAUGAGUUUCACAUGACAGAAGCAAUUAUUAACCUUAAAUUAAACAGACAUAAAAUAGUGACACAACUGCGGAGACAAUUGUGCAUGGUCAAGCAGAGCUGAAGCAAUCAGAGCCAAUCUAAUAGGGCUGUUGUAAGAUUUAAAAAAACAUUGCGUCAAAUAGAGCAGUAACACCUAGAGCAAAUCUAAUUGCGUAGCAGAUAAAAUGUUCAUUUGAACCCUUUAACACAUUUGGAUAACAGAUUAGAGAAGCACAUUCCAUAAAUAACAAAUAAAUAAAUAAA